GACAUGAGUCUAGUGGGGGGCUUUCCCCACCACCCGGUGGUGCACCAUGAGGGCUAUCCGUUCGCCGCCGCCGCCGCCGCUGCCGCCGCCGCCGCCGCCAGCCGCUGCAGCCACGAGGAGAACCCCUACUUCCACGGCUGGCUCAUCGGCCACCCGGAGAUGUCGCCCCCCGACUACAGCAUGGCCCUGUCCUACAGCCCCGAGUAUGCCAGCGGCGGCGCUGGCCUGGACCACUCCCAUUAUGGGGGAGUGCCGCCCGGCGCGGGGCCCCCGGGCCUGGGGGGGCCGCGCCCGGUGAAGCGCAGAGGGACCGCCAACCGCAAGGAGCGGCGCAGGACUCAGAGCAUCAACAGCGCCUUCGCCGAACUGCGUGAGUGCAUCCCCAACGUGCCCGCCGACACCAAACUCUCCAAGAUCAAGACGCUGCGCCUGGCCACCAGCUACAUCGCCUACCUCAUGGACCUGCUGGCCAAGGAUGACCAGAACGGCGAGGCGGAGGCCUUCAAAGCGGAGAUCAAGAAGACAGACGUGAAAGAGGAGAAGAGGAAGAAGGAGUUGAAUGAAAUCUUGAAAAGCACAGUGAGUACCAACGACAAGAAAACCAAAGGGCGGACGGGCUGGCCCCAGCACGUCUGGGCUCUGGAGCUCAAGCAGUGAUGAUUUGGGGAAAGAGGAGAGAGAGAAAGAGAGUGAUCGGGCCUGGGGCCCCGACGCCAGAUGAAGAACCAGGACCCCUGGCAAACCCUCGGACUCUGCUUGGGAACUUCUUGCAGUUGGAUCAUGCAGUUUAUUUAUGUGCAAUUUCCUUCCCCAUCUCUUUGACCGCCCUCCACCUUGAGGUAUCCCACCUCCCCCUCCAAAAAAAGUGGAUAUUUGAAGAAAAGCAUUCCAUAUUUUAAUAUGAAGAGGACACUACCGAGUGGGUAAGGAAUCCCAUUGUAGAUUCUGUGUGCGUGAAUGUUGCCUCUUGGCUGUGUAGUCACCAGCGUUACCCCCUCACCCCUGACCCAGCUCCUUCCAGAGAAAAACAGCGGACACUUGUGUAUAUGUGAAAUGUAUCUUUAAAACUUGGCCAUUGGGUAUAAAUAUUCCUGGGAAUUAUAAAGUUUUAUUUCAAAGCAGAAAACCGGACCGCUAGCAUUUCAGUUGGGGUUGAUAUCUAGUGCUGUUUUUUCCUAAGUGGUGGUUCUUUAUUCGAAAAUGUUUCCAACCGUACUUGUUUUGUGCACUUCCGUCCUCUAAAACUAUGUGGAAUUUAAUUAAUAUUGAAGGUGUAAACGUUGUAAGUAUUCAAUAAACCACUGUGUGUGUUUUUUUUACAAAAACCCUAAUCUUUUAAUGGUUGAUACCUCAAAAGUUUUGAAAACAAAGCUGUUAUACUUGUUUUCAUAAUAUUUAAAAUAUUCAGAAGUAAACUAAAUUAUCAGAA